UAAAGUGGCCGGGGCAAGACGCAGGUUCAGAAGCCUUGUACCGCUCGUACCAACAACCACCGGGAAUAAGGGCACGUGGUUUAAAUUUUUUUUUUGGUGUGCACUUUCGGGGAAAUUCAGCGGUGGACUGAGGGGGAUUACGGAUUCGUGAUAUUUAGAGAUUAAAACCAUGAAGAUAAUUCUGGUGGCAUUGGUCCUGUGCACCGUGAGCGCCUCCCUCGGCAGUCCCCUCGAGAAAAUCGAGAAAAUUGGACUCGUUGAGCAGCAAACUGUCACCCUGACUGAUCGAGCUAAACAUGAGGAGGAACUUAUGCGAAAGCUCAACAACAAGUGCUCACAAAAUGACAUAAGCAGCUGCGUGAUGCUCAAACUAGUCACCUACAUGAACAAACUCAUGAAGAAGGUGUCCAUCGAGUUAACGGAUGACAUCGAGAUCAAGAAGACGAGUCAAGCGACUGAAGAAGUCAUAACCUAUGAGUCUGGUAGGAGUAGUGAUGAGGAUUCUGAGUUCCUGGAUUUGGUGUCCAGUAAAGUCUUCGCUUUUCUCAAGUCCAGGAGCAUAAAGUGGAGAAUCCUUCCCGAGGAUGACGUCGUUGUAUCGGCGUCAGAGGAUGAGACUGGCUCCCUCAAUCUUGGCCUUUCCAUCGAGAGAUCGGACAAUCCCAUUUCCGAAGGACGAGGUAAGAAGAACAACAUGGGACCACUCCUUGCGGCGGCAGUCCUCAAGAUCGGUCUCAUAGGGGCCUUAGCCUUCAAGGGUCUAGCCCUGCUAGUCGGCAAAGCUCUUCUCCUCUCCAAGAUAGCGCUCCUCCUCGCCAGCAUAAUCGGCCUGAAGAAGCUCUUCUCCCACCAGAAGCACGUGACCUACGAGGUAGUGGCUCAUCCCCAUCACUCCUCCAGUCACACAUACAGCUCUGAUCAUGGUCACGGUGGUGACAGCUACUCCAGCGGUUGGGCCAGGACCUUCCACAGUCAGACAUUACCAUCAGACCAACAGCGCACCCCUCAAGAGCUCGCCUACUCAGCUCACGUACCAUCAGCCUGAAUCCCCAAUGUACCAUCCCCAGCACCACCAGCCGAGAACUCUCGAUCUUCCCCCGAUCCUCGACCAAUAUUAAUUAAACCAGUGCCGAAGGAUCUUCCAUCGAAGCUCCAGUGAUAUCUCGCAAUCCUGGCUCCACCAUCAUCACCAUCAUCAUUUCGUCAUGUUCCUUACUGUUGUAUCCAGACCCCUGGUAUUCUCGACCACCUGACAAACAUGGACACAAGACGACGAAACGUCAACGAUCGUUAACAGUGACGAAACGGGUACAAUUUCAUUACUAUUCCAUAAAUAUUUAAUGCACUUGACCUGAUGGAUGACGGACUAGAUACCGGACAGCACUAAAAGCGGUAUUAGAAUUAUGGAUGCGUACACAAGGAGGUGCGGAUCCGGAUUCAAUGAACACUUUGCCAUCGCCUACUUUCUCACUUUUUUAUUUCCUUUUUUUUUCAUUUAUCGUUUCCCUCGAGUUUCUACUCUUCUGGUCUCUUCUCUCCUCUCAUUCCGCUGUUCGUCCUUCUUUCAUCGACCUUUACCGAUAUUCACGGGACUGAUGAUCAUUAAGACGAUCAAUCGUAGACUGAUAUACCGGACUAGCCGAAUUCUCAUACCGAUCAUCAACGGAUAUUACCACGAGACAGAGUUGUUAUUUAUUUUAAUAUACAUUAUCAUCAACAUCAUCAUAUGACUGGAAAUGACAGAACGAGUUACCAGGGACAUUAAUUAUUUAUCAUUAGGUCAUUUAGUUAAGUCUCGUCGCGCAACUUCCUUUUCUCCUCACCCCCUUCAUUGUUGGUUAUUAUUUAACGAUUAUCAUUAAUUUAUUGAUGUUUCUUUAUCAUCGUUUAGAAGUCUCUAAUUAAUAUCUUUUGUUAGGCGGAUGAAAUCUGUAUAAUAACUGUUAUCACGUACUUCUGUGUGAAAUAAAUGUAUUUAUUAUCGUUUUUUUAA